UCAACACAGGUUCUGUAAACUUCACAUCGGCCACGUUUACAUGAGACCUUUAAUUCCUCUUUAAUUCGGAAUUAAAGUUAAUUCUGCUUUAAAAUCUCCUUGUAAACACUUAAUUUCGAAUUAAAAAGUUAAUUCUGAAUAAACUUAAUUCCGAAUAAACUGCCUGGUUUAUUCCGAUGUUAAUUCCGAAAAAAACUAAUUCCUGUGUACGUUCUAUUCAUGUAUACAGUUAAUUCCGCUUUAGUUAAUUCCGGUCAUUCUGCGCAUGCUUGGCUCUUCACGUAGCGAUGACGUAGCGACGUACACAGCUUGGUCAUCUGCCUCCCUUCUCUGGUAUUCUAUCUCUCUUCUCCUUCUCAAGUGACGCAACAGAAGUAGUACGCCAAUGUCGAGUUGCUGUUUCAAAACGACAAUAAAAAGCAAAGCGAAAAGCUUGCUUAUUAGUUGUUCCUCCAUGUUGUUGGGGAAGAGAAAUGCUGUGGCAAAUGGAGUUUGUUUUCUUCCAGUAAACAGGGAUACGUCACGUCCACUCCCUGUCCAAUCAGAAUCCUUUCCAAUGCCCAAGCAUUAAAGCGGAAUUAAGGAAGGGGAUAAACGUGCGGUCCAUGUAAACCUUAAUUCGGAAUUAAUAUUUCCAUGUAAACGCAAAGCACAAAACUUUAAGUCCGAAUGAGUUAAUUCCGAAAUAAUAAUUCCGAAUUAAAAAACUUCAUGUAAACGUGGCCAUCUUGGAUCAAGGUUUCAGCUUUGGUCUGAAUUUUUGCCUUUCAGACAAAUCUUGAGGGGAAACAAGUCAUUUUUGAGACAGAUACAGACAGACAGCAACCAGCAGGAUUCUUCAAGUGCUUUGGGAUUUUCCCAAUUCCCACCUCAUGGGCAGAGCCUCAGAAAGAGGGGAGGAAGGGAGGAGAAUAAUGGAGGAGGUGGAGAGAGGAGGGAACAGAAUGAAACAGGAUUUAUAAAAAGAGACUCUUGUUGAAGCAGGUGGUCAAAGUGUUGGUGCAGAUUUACUGUGAUUGAAUAAAGAGCAAACAGCCUUUAAAAUAGAUUAGAUGCUCAGUUUUCAGCAGUACUAGUCUGUAGAUGAGCCUUUUCAGCUUCGUUGGUCGUUCCAGAAUGCUGACAAGAGGAUGAAUCCUCUGGGUCGUCUGAGACAUCCACGUGUCUUUGCUGCUGUCCCUCCCCGACAGGCCUCCGGUCCCACUGGGCCUCCAUCUGCCUCCCAACACUCCCCCCCCAGCCCCCGGCCCUCCCAGUAGCGGCUGUCCCAGAGGGGAGGAAAGGCGAGCCGGCCCCCGUAAAUAUGCCUGGAUGGAGGUCUCAGUGGCGUCUCGUCCUGCUGAACUCCCUGACCUGUGGCCUGGAGAUCUGUGUGGCAGCUGGGAUCACAUACGUGCCACCGCUGCUGCUGGAGGCCGGAGUGGAGGAGCGCUACAUGACCAUGGUGCUAGGUAUCGGCCCGGUCCUCGGCCUCCUGUUCAUCCCUCUGAUUGGCUCUGCCAGUGACCACUGCAACAGCAGUUAUGGCCGGAGGCGGCCCUUCAUCUGGCUGCUGUCCCUGGGAGUCCUCCUGGCUCUUCUCAUCAUCCCCAAUGCUGACAUCCUGGCAGAGUUCUUUGCCUGGGGUGGGCGUACCCUGCAGGUGGGCUUCCUGAUCCUGGGCGUGGGGCUCCUGGACUUCUGUGGACAGGUGUGCUUCACCCCAUUAGAGGCUCUUCUGUCAGACCUGUACCGGGACGAGGAGGAUCAGGCCUUCGCUAUGUUCUCCUUCAUGGUCAGCCUGGGAGGCUGCGUGGGUUAUCUCCUGCCUGCUCUGGACUGGAGUCGCGGUCUGCUCUCCGUUUACCUGGGAGGCCAGGCCGAGUGCCUCUUCUCCCUCCUCAUCCUCAUCUUCAUCUCCAGCGUGCUGAUCACCAUGAAGGUGUCGGAGGAAUCCCCGUGCUCCAGCAGCAGCUCUGCAGGAUCAGGAUCUUUACUGGGGUCGGGCUCCGGGGUGCUGGAGGCUGGCCAGUGCGGCGUGCCGCGCUCCUGCUUCUAUCUGCUCAGGUGUAAGCUGAGGCUGCUGAAGUCUGGACCUCUGCUGUGCCUCCUGAGGACAUGCUGGUCCAUGACCCCGGCCCUCUACAGGAGCUACUGCCAUGUCCCACGAGUGAUGAGGCAGCUGUGCGUGGCCCAGCUCUGUAGCUGGAUGGCCGUCAUGUCCUUCAUGCUCUUCUACACAGACUUCGUGGGGGAAGGUCUGUAUGAGGGCGUGCCGAGUGCUCCACCAGGAAGUCUGUCCAGGGAGAGAUACGAUGAAGGAAUCCGUAUGGGCAGUCUGGGUCUGUUCCUGCAAUGUGCUACCUCAACCUUCUUCUCUCUGGUUCUGAGCCAUCUGGUUCGUCAUUUUGGGUCCCGACGGGUCUACCUGAGCAGCAUGGUGAGCUUCACGGCCUCUGCUUUGGUCAUCUGCCUGUCCAAAAGUGUUGUCCUGGUCACUGUGAUGGCAGCUCUGACCGGCUAUGCGUACGCAACGCUGCAGACGCUGCCUUACACUCUGACCUGCCACUACCACAAGGAGAAGGAGGUCUACAUGCCAAAAAGGAUAACCAAAAGCAUAUAUAAAAACGGUGUAACAGCCAAGCGAGACUCUGUGUAUGUGACUGCAGUGGAAGAGGAGGGAGGACUGAACCACAACCCCUACCAGCAUGCCUUCUUCAGCCACGACUAUGAGGUCCAUCCCGGCCUUCAGAACCAGAACGGCUCGUCUCACAGCUCCUCCGAGCCAGACGAGGCCGAGCUGGGCUACGAGAAACGUGGCGUGGGCUUGGACUUCGCCAUCUUAGACAGCACCUUUCUGCUCUCUCAGGUGUUCCCCACCCUCUUCAUGGGCAUGAUCGUUCAGUUUGCUCAGUCCGUCACCGCCUACAUCGCCUGCUCUGCCAUCUUCGGAGCCGUCGCCAUCUACCUGGCCGGCCAGAUCGUCUUUGACCAGAAGGAGCUCAGAAGCUGAGAUGCAGAAGAAGACAGUGAUGGAAUCAAUCAAUCAAUCAUUCAGGUUCCAGGGUGGAACUCGGCAGUGCACUACUGUUCCCAGAAUGCCUUGUGUCGGCCCCAUCGGUUUGCUUUUCUCAAAGUGUUUCUGUGGCUGUGGCAGGUUCUGUGAACGUGACUAACAGAGAUAAAGCCACUACAUGCGUGUUAUCCGCCAGUAACACGCGGUUUCCAUGUAACAGCAGCCACUUGAAGAAUGCUCAGGUACGCUCCUACAGAUGACUAAAACCUUUCUGGUGUGAUGUUUCAGUCCAUGUUUCUCCUCAGGAACCAUCAAACAGAUUUACUGUUGAACUCAUCAGUGACUAACCUUUCUGUGUUUUUUAUUAAUCUUAUGCUGAACUAUCCACAGUUUUUAAAGCUGUUUGGGACUCAGAACAAACCUUUCAGCUCCGUUGGUUUGUACUGACUCAUCCUCUGGUCAGCAUCUUAUUUUAUUUCAGUUUUAAUUAAAGCCUUGAGCGUCACCGUCUUGUUUUUAAAGUCAGACUAAGAGAAGCACAGAAUGGAUAAACGAUUGCAUUGUUGUAAUUUGUUCAGAAAAUAGAGCCACAGGAGGGGCCAGUGGGACUGCUCUGUCCUCCAGGAUGGAAAUCUAUAUAAACAUAUAUUUAUAUAUAAAUGGAUAUAUAUUUAUAUAUAACAAACUGGCAACUCCAUUAGAAAUGAAGUCAAAUUUUUAGUGUCAUUUCCAUGGGGCAGUUAUUUGAUGGUUAGGAGGUAAUUCUCUCCAUGAAUCCACCAGAACGUUCCACUGUAACAGGACUGGAGUUUGUUCUCCACCUCAAUCUUUCUGCAGAAUCACAGACUCCACCUAUAAGUUAGAACCUGUAGGAGAUGGAUUCAUGAAAAGUGGUCAGAAUAUUUUAAUCUUUAGCCCCUACAACGGGUCAAGCUCCAAAAUGCCAAAAAGAUAUGCAUCCUAGAUUGUCUAUAGUGUAACUCAUUAGUCUAAUGUCAUCUUUAUACUCUUGAUGGAGGGCUGGAUAGACUCUAUCAACCACUUUACAACACAGGAUCUCUGUCAACUAUUUCCAGCUGAUUUUACCCCCGGUGGGUUGUUUCAUUCACUACAUCCACUGAGCAGCUGGAAUAUUUCCCCGUUCCCUGAUUCUGCCUCCAUCUAUUAGUUCAUGAACAAGUUUACUGAAGAUGUUCUGAAUACAGAUUUACUGUAUGAUCCCUGUGGGAGUUUAGUUCUGCAGCCUGCUGAGGUUAUCGACUGACGGUUUAAGAAGCUGGAAAACUCUGGAUGAUCAGGAGACGCUGGUCACCUUCAGAAACUCCUCUAAAGUUUAGUUUUCAUGCACUCUUUUUUAAAUUUCCUUUUCUUUUCAUUUUUUACUGCAUUGAAAGAUGACAAUCAGACAUCCAGACGGGCUUUAGGUGAUGUUGGUGAUGAACGUGUAGACAUGAGGUCUGAUCAGAUCUAUCCGUUCAUUCCUGAACGUCACGCAGUCAGUGGAAGCAUUUAGUGAAGGGAAAGUCUGAGGAAUCCUGGAGUGUGAGCAAAUGCAAGGCGUGUGGAGUUUUUUUUAUUGCUGUCUGUUCGUUCUGAAGCUCAGCGGCUUUUUAAAUUGGCCAGAAGAUGUGAUCUUCUCUAAAACGCUGCUUGUGUCUCAACCAGCAGUGAAUUAAUUUGAUCCUAGAGGUAAUAAAAGAGGCUGAGCAGGUAGAGAUAGACCUGAGGAAGGUGGAGGAUCCGUCAAGUAGAACGCUCAGCAAAGAUUAGCUCAAUGUCAGAAAGAGGUUGUUUUACAAGAAAAAAGGUGCCUGUACAUUAUCAAGCCUGUUUUUGUACAUAUGUAUUUAUUUAUGAAGCUUUUAUUCCAGAUAGCAUGUAUGGAACUAUUGGACUUUGCAGCAUCGUUUCUAGGUGCACGGUGAAGGCUGUUUCUGUGAAAAACAUAAAUUAUUUGUAUAGAUAUGGUAUAGAAGGGUCCUCAGAGCUGUAAUUUAUUUGAUCCUGUAGCUUUGCAGCAUCCCAGCGUUUAGCUGCUCAUCUGCUGUUGGUUUACUGAAAGUUACACAACUCAGAUCCACCGCGUCGUUUCUUUCUAAUGUCCUGUUUUAUCUGGGUCUUAUAUAACCACUGGUUUCUGUCAUAUUUAGACACAUGUUUAGCUGAAUGAAUGAGACCUUUUCACUCCUAAACCAAAUGUCCUGUUUAAAGUGCCAAUGGUCCGGAUAGUUCGGGCCUCCAGCUGUUACUGAUGUGAUUUAAGUCUUCUGUCAUUCACCCACAAGAAGCUGUAUUUCAUUUUCAUCUACAUCUAUCAGAUUGUGUAUAAAUUUGCAGUUACCAAAUAGAUUUUAUACAAAAUAAAAGAACUGCGUUGUUCAUGA